CGAUUGCGGUCAAUAAUCGGCCACUUUAUUCUCCUUUCAAUGCGCGCAUCGUCGCUGAACUCCCGUUCAUGCCCCGCGUACAGCUCUGUGAAGAUCUGUGAACAGCCAGCACAACAGUCAGCCCACUAUGGUCCUGUGGCAGCCUUUCCGACGCAUGCGGUUCCUUCGCCGCUGCGCCAUGGCCCUGGCACUGGCUAGCUGCGCCAUGCUCAUCAACUACCAGAUGAAGUUGAUGACCUCCUCGAGCGCCUGGCAGCCGCCCUGGAGGCAGCAGCAACUGAAGGCAGCCGAGGUCAGCGGCCAAGACAGCCACGGAGUCGAGCAGGACGGACGCGAGAGCAGGACGGAGCGGGACCGUAGGAUCAUGGAGCGCCAGAUCUUCAGGGACAGCGAGCAAGCCGACCACCGACACGACGACCUGUCCCCGUCGUGGUCGAGGAACAAGUUGCCCUGGUUCUUCACCAACGGCACCGAGUGGCCUCGUCCAUCGAGCAAGCUGUCGAGGCUCCCCAACGUGUGGCCCGACCCGCAGUCGCCGCAGGACGACCGCAUCGUGUCGCAGCUCAUGUACCUGCCGCCAGGAUACAAGGGGCAGGCCAAGAGCGUCAAGACGACGGCCAUGAAGACCAUCGUCCUGCAUGGCGGCUGGUACGACUUCCUGGGUGGACGCGAUCUGUUUCUGCGAGACCGGUGUCCGGUGGACAAGUGCGUCGUCUACCAGGGGUCGUACUUGCGGGAGCGAAGUGGCACCGCCGUGGAUGCCUUCAUCUACAAGGACUACUACUACGACCCUGAGGUUGCAGAAAUCAAGGGGCGCCAAGUGAAGAUCCUGUACCUGCUCGAGAACCCUAUGCACACAUUCGUCCAGAGUGGAGACACGGAUAUCGACUGGAUGGCCACCUACCGAAAGGACUCGGACAUUGUGACGCCGUACGAGAAAUUCGUGCUUUUCGACCCGCUGGUGAAGACCAUUAAGCGCGACUUCGACUACUCCCAGAACAAGACCAAGAUGGUCGCGUGGUUUGUUUCCAACUGCGCCGCCUCGAACCGGCGCCUCGAUUACGCGCACGAGCUCCAGAAACACAUACAGGUGGACAUCUACGGCUUGUGCGGUACGCUCGACUGCCCUCGCUCUGAGAGCGAGAGGUGCUACCAAAUGUUGGACAAUGACUACCAUUUUUACCUGUCUUUCGAGAACGCUAACUGCAAGGACUACAUCACCGAAAAAUUCUUCAAUGCUCUCCGGCACAAUGUGGUCCCCGUGGUGAUGGGCGCUUCCCGUGAGGAGUACCUGGCCGCGGCUCCGUACCAUUCGUACAUCCACGUGGACGACUACGCGUCGCCCAAGGAGCUGGCCGAGUACCUGCACCUGCUUAGCCGCAACCGGACGCUGUACAACCAGUACUUCGAGUGGAAAGGCACCGGCGAGUUCGUCAACACGUACUUCUGGUGCCGCGUGUGCGCAAUGCUGCACGCGCCACCGCCGCCUCCAGAUAAACUGCGCAAGAAAAGCGUCCACGAGUGGUGGCACGAAGGAGCGUGCAGGGCGGUGUGA